AUGAGGGUGUUUCUUUUCGUAUUAGCUGUGUCCUGCAUUUUUAUCUGCGCCGCAAGGGCGGCAGAUCCGCGGCUGGUGUUUGCCCAUUACAUGCUCUAUGCCAACGACAACAUUAAUGUUCUCAAGCAGGAGAUUCGACUUGCCCAGAGCAAAGGAAUCGACGCCUUCGCUCUCAACAGCAAUGUGUGGCGCCAGAAUCUGGCAGACAACAUGUACCAGGCAGCCAAAGAAGUGGGUCCGAAUUUCAAGAUCUUCUUCUCCGCCGACAUUCACAAGGACGCCAAUGGCAACCUCACGCCAGAUCAGCUGGUGACCAUGCUCACCCGCUACGAAACCCACCCCAAUCAGAUGAAAUACCGAGGCAAACCCUUGUUCACAUCCUGGCUCGGCAGCGACGAUUCCUGGUGGAAAGACUACAACUACUCCUCUGCUCUCAGCGGAUGGAACGCCGUUUUCCAAAAGGCCGGCGGAAAGAACAAGUUCUUCUACGUCCCAUUCUUCCCCACGGAUGGCUCCUUGGGGGGCGUUCAGGGCACGCUGGACAAAUUCAAAGAUAUUAUCGACGGCCUGUUUGCGUGGGACACUUCGGCGUGGCCCUACUUCAGCCCAGAUUUCCAGAACCCUUCUGUUUCCAAGGACCAGAACUAUCUGAACGCCUGCAAAGCCGCGGGGAAAGUAUACAUGGCGAGUCCCAGCCCCUGGUUCUUCAAAAACAUCGCUGGCUCCUGCUGCUCCGACGCUUGCAAGGCAAAGGAUCUGAGCAACUGUAACUGUCAAGUGAAGGGCAAUUACCAGGGUCCGGGGCUUUGGAUCAAAAAGUGGGAGCAGCUCAUACAGUUAAGCCCUCCUCUCCUUGAAAUCGUGACGUGGAACGACUGGGUGGAAACCUCUUACGUGGCACCGCCACUCAGCACAGCUGCUGCUGACGUGUCUGGGUACACUCACCGUGCCUUCUUGGAGCUUGGGCAGUUCUACUUUAACUGGUACAAGUCCGGCAGCCAGCCCGCGAUUACCCAGGAUUCGAUCUACUUAUUUUAUUAUACCCAAAGCAAAAACAUUAAUGUGCCCGCUGACGGAUGCAAGGUUGUGUAUUCUGAUCAGUUAAGUGAUAAAGUGUACGUGACUGCGAAGCUGACUGGGCCUGCCAUGGUGGAAUUGCGAUCUGGAAGUGCGACUCAGACAUUCAGUGCUCCGAAAGGGAUAUCCACAUGGAGUAUGGAUUUCCAGGCAGGGCAGCAGUUGGCAACCCUGAAGCGUGGAGGUAAAGUGCUCAGCACGCUGACUGGGAGCAAACUGAUUAGUAACUCCAAUGCAACCCAUUACAAUUUCAACGUCUACUCCACCUGCACCACAUGUUAG